AUGCUCGAACUUCUUUCCCUUCCUCCAGAAAUCAUCGAAAAAAUCACCGAAUACCUCGGUGGAACACACAAGAAAACCGUGCGCAGAGUGUGCAGAUAUCUCAAUGAGAUCGUUGAGCAUCAGCUAUUCUCCAACAUUGUCUUGAAGUACAGCAACUACCAACCCGAUUUGAUUUGCGAACAGCUGGAGGCCCUGGCUUCGCGCACAACGACUGCUCGCAUUCAUGCUCGAUCGUUAGAAAUUCGAGGUUUCAGUCCAGAUUCACAUCUUGGGGCGCGUUCAAGAUCGCGGUCUGUAGAACGCAAUCGUAAUUCACGGUCUCGUAGUCGAGGGCCGCUCGCAGAGGCGCAUUCAGUCAACAAGGGGCUACUCGCACAUCUCGGUCAAGCUAUUUGCUCAUUGCGAAAGGUCCAAGAAGUUUGGUGGCACGUUGGGAUGCAUGAUCCUGAAUGGGUUCAGAUCGUCGUGAUGGAUUCCCUAGUCUCCCUUCCUGCCCUAUCCGAACUCCGGAUAUCAUUAGGAGGUGGUACAGCAUCGUCCCUGAAGCUGGAGCAGUUGACCGAUCUCCGCAAAAUCACCAUCACUGGCUCUUGUCUUCAUUAUCGAAGAGAUGUCGUCUCAGGCCUUCGCACUCUUAUCUCCAACUCUCCUCGCCUUACGCAUUUGGAUGUCGGCCACAACUAUCGAUCAGACGACAGUGAUAUAUCGACUCUUCACGAUCUUCUUGGAGCAGUUCCGCCAGCUUCACCUCUGAACCUCAGCCACCUGACGUUACGCGGGUGGUGUAUACGCCUCGACGAUAUCACCUUACCCCAUCUUCGCAGUCUAGUUUCACUAUCUCUUCAUGUCAAUCUCGACACUCGCACAUUUUCGCCAUCGGACCUCGACGACUCAGCACAUGAAGAACUUCUUCGACGCACAGCAGCCUUCAGCUCCUCCACGGAAGAGAUUUGGGAUACCCUAAGAGAGGAACGGAUUUGUCUGAAGGAAUUAACAACAGACGAAGUCAACGACGCGCUUCUUGACUACCUUUCCUCCUAUUCCGGGCUUCAAAAGCUCACCCUGACCUCCGCGACCGCCCACAGUGCUAAGAAGUCCGAUGCCCUUGCCAUGAAGUUCUACAGAGAUGUCCUUCCAAAGCAUGCAGGCACCUUGGUCAGUCUUGAUGUGUGCCCCGUUUACGAAGGGAAAUGGUGUUUUGGGAAACACAACUCCUCCAGCCUCCUCCAAUGCACUAAACUGUCGAACCUCAAAAUUCACAUCAACUCCGAGGAUAUAAAUCGAGCCAAGAAACAAGAUGUUGUCUGGACGUUGCUUGAAGUCGCUGAAGAUCUACCUAAUCUAUCUCAACUCUCUAUUUCCUCUGCCGAUUCGGAAAGCAAUCGUGGCGGUCGUUCGGGCAGCAAUCCAUCCAUUGGUCACAUUUACCGCGUCAAUAAGGAGAUCUCCCAAAGUGUCACGACGUUCGGUCCUCUCGACAGCGUCGGUGUUUCAAAGAUUAUUACAACGCCUGCAAGGGACUAUGUCGCUAGGUCGGAUAAGCAAGCAGGAGAUGGAUUGUGGUAUCGCUCUUCGAUGAGUCAAGGUAGUCAUCUAGAGUUGUAG